CGGAUUGAGGACUCCCCCGACGCCAAAAGGCCAACAGGAGCUCAGCGGGUGUUAAAUCUGCACAACAUUUGAGGGUCAGCAUCACAAAGACAGGCAUGAAGAUGUGCCGUCGUCACGUCGCGACGUUGCUGUUUUUACGCGUGGAGAAGCAGGUUGAGGCAACACACGCAGGGAGUACUUUGAAGCAGAAACGGUGUGGAGACCGAAAGACCGAACUAAUCAUGAAGCAAGACACAAUCAUGAGGGUCUUUGUGCUUUUGGCUUUGGCCGUCUUCUCUGGCUGCAAUGCCAACCUUUUUCACGCCGACGCCCCCAAGCCUCAGCUGGAGGUUCUGACCGACGCCUUCUGGGACUACGUGGCCAAGGCCACCCAGACGGCUGACGACACCCUGCAGAUGAUGAGGAAGUCUCAGUUUGGAGAGGAAGUCAACGCUCGUCUGGCCGAGAGCGCCGACAUCGCCAGCAAAUACGCGAGCACCUUGAAGGAGAAUCUCCCCUCGACAGCCGAGGACCUGAUGACCAAGAUCAGCUCGGAGGCCGACGUCUUGAGGAACGUGCUGAGCCAGGAGCUGAGUUCCGUCCGGCAGAAGCUGGAGCCUUUCACCGAGGACAUGAAGACCCAGAUCCGGCAGCGGGUGGAGCAGCUCAAGCAGGAGCUCACCCCCUACGCCGACACCCUGGACUCGGACGCGCUGAGAGAAGCCCUCAUGCAGAGGAGCGAGGAGCUGAAGGCCAGCCUGGAGAUGAGCGCCCGGCAGCUGCAGGAGCAGCUGGGACCUUACACCGACAACCUGAGGGAGGCGGUGGACCAGCACCUGGUCAACUUCCAACACAGCAUGGCCCCCAUGACCGACAACCUCCAGCGGGAGCUGAGUCAGAGAGCCCACCUGGUGGAGCAGAUGGUGGCCCCCUAUGCUGAAGACCUGAGGGAGAAACUCAACCCCUUGGCCCAGGACCUCCAGGACAAGCUCAUGGCCCUCUACCAGUCCUUUGCUCGUGUCUAGAAACAACCAAGAACAUCAGAAACUUCAUCAAUGAAACUUUCCAAUGUGAUGUAAUGUAAGGGUCAAUUACUCAACUAUUUAUUGUUCUUAUGGGUUUUUUUAAGGUGUAAUAAACACAAUCCUCAUCAACCAAACUGUCUUUUCUUUUUGCC